GAGGAAGGAGAAACUGCGCACCACCCCUCCUCCCUCCAACCCACCUCGAUCAACCCAGCUACAACACCCCCACUCCUCGCAGCACCCCCUUCCAUCCCCCAACCCACUCCCCCUCUGAAGAAAUUGACGGAUUAUUGGGAAGUGCAAGGGAGGCAGGCUGCAGCUGCUGCUGUGUGUGCUCACUACUGCUGCUGUGUGCUUCACAGGGAUGGUGUGUGUGCGUUUGCAUUUGCUGCUGUCGCCACCGUGGCUGCUGAGGCUGGAGCGUGUGGCUAGUUAAGACGAAGAGAGGCUAAUGAAGGCAGUGCGUGUCGCCUAGUCUUUAUAACCCCCGCCGAGCACUCCUGAAGGAAGAAAAGAAAAUAGAAAAAGAUAGAAAAAUCAAGUGGACACGACGCCACAUUGAAAGGGGGAGAGCGAGAAGGGCUGUCAGACUGACCAACCGACCAACUGAUUGACCACUAAAAAGUGAACAGAGGAAUACAGAGAGGAGGGGGGUCUGUUUUUUUCCCCCCGGCUUGUCAACCUCCCCUUCUAACAAUCGCAAACAAAAGGCAAAGAACAUUUAAAAAGGACUGUGGAAUUUCAUUCAACCUUCUUCAAUCCCACCCCCACCUACCGCCUUUUUGUCCAUUUCUGCCUUGGCUUUUGGUGCACACAAAAAUUGUGCGUGUUUGUGUGGUCGCCUGUGCUAUGGAGACCUGGGUAAGGUGUCUAGCAGGGGGAUCAACUGUCGGAUUCCAAGGACAAGCAAGAGAAGAGGAGCCGACAGCGAGAAGCGAGCAGGGGAGCAUUGCUGCGUUGGGAGCCUGACUGGAUUCCUAUCUGCAAUCUUUGCUUUUUUCUUCUUCUUUUUUUUAUAAUCAAUAAGGGAGAGAAAAAACAUUUUAAAAAAGGGCCUUCGAACCUUUCUCUUUGGAUGUUUGGAUUUACAAAAGGGCUCAUCUUGGUUAAGCUCUUUGGCAUUGUUUCCUGUUUUGACAGCAAAUAUAAAAAGGCUUUCUUUGCUGCCUUUUGGGAUAUACAUACAUCUGAUGUGAAUACCACAGCUCUUUCUGAUUGCAAACAGGAGGGAAGCUAUAUAACUCAGUUCAAGGACCUGUAAUAAUUACUUGAGGUAGGUGUCUAGUGUUUCAACCCCUCUUUCCAUCAAUUUGUAACCCUCCCUUCUGUCUUGUAAUACAGCUUUUGGUUGCUUAAUUUAUCAAAAUGUCCUUCUCAUACACACGUUUCAGAAAAACCAGCCCUCUUUUCCCUUCCUUAUCCUUCUGCCCCUGAGCACAGUUAAUGGGAGUAAAAACACUGCUUAAUCGAGGAGAGGUCAAGCCCUCUUGCCCCUUAUCAAAGCACCCAAAACCCACAUUCCAUCCUUGCCCUCUUUAGUCCCCUUGACACUACUACUAGCCAGACAACUACAUUCCCUGUUCCCCAAAGCCCCCCAAAACCACCCCCAAACACCCCCAUCCUCCCCCCCAGAUGAUGCUGAAUUAUGAACGUGCCACAUCAUGAGUCUCCUGGGGCGGGUAGCUGUGCAUCGUGCCAGGAAAGCCGCCCUGCUCUGUGUAGUCUUCCUGAUGGCGCGAGCGUGGAGCAGCGCCUCCUUGGCCUUGGCGGGGGCGGCGGUGUCUCAGGGACCCCAGGGCUGUCCACCGCAGUGUUCCUGCAGUAAUCAGCAGGGGAAGGUGGUGUGCACCCGACGUGGCCUCACCCGUGUUCCUCCCGGCAUUCCUGCCAACACGCGACACCUCAAUCUAAUGGAAAACGCCAUUGAGGCGGUGCAGGCUGACUCUUUCCGCCACCUGCACCACCUUGAGGUGCUCCAGCUUGGGCGAAAUGCCAUACGGCAGAUUGAGGUGGGCGCGUUUAAUGGACUCACCAGUCUCAACACCCUGGAACUGUUUGACAACCGGUUGACAGUGGUGCCCAGUGGGGCCUUUGAGUAUCUGUCUAAAUUAAGAGAACUGUGGCUGAGGAACAACCCUAUUGAAAGUAUCCCCUCCUACGCCUUCAACCGGGUGCCCUCCCUCAUGCGAUUGGACCUGGGAGAAUUACGGAAACUGGAGUAUAUCUCAGAAGGAGCUUUUGAAGGCCUACAAAAUCUCAAGUACCUAAACCUGGGCAUGUGCAACAUAAGGGGUGAUAUGCCAAACCUGAGUCCUCUCAAGGGCCUGGAGGAGCUGGAGAUAUCUGAAAAUCACUUUCCAGAGAUAAAGCCAGGCUCCUUCAAGGGCCUGCGCUCACUGAAGAAGCUUUGGGUGAUGAACUCGCAAAUCACAGUGAUAGAGCGCAAUGGAUUUGAUGACUUAUCUUCAUUGGUGGAGCUUAAUCUGGCCCAUAAUAACCUGAGCGCUGUGCCACAUGAUCUAUUCUCCCCGCUCAGGUACCUGGUGGAGCUGCAUCUCCACCAUAACCCUUGGAACUGCGGCUGUGAGGCUGUAUGGUUAGCACGCUGGCUAAGGGAGAGCAUCCCUACUAACUCAACUUGCUGUGGACGUUGUCACGCACCUGCCAGCAUGAGAGGUCGACAGCUGGUUGAGGUGGACCGAGGUGAGGGCGCUGCAACCCAGUGUUCAGCACCAUUCAUUGCUGAUGCACCAAGGGACUUGAACAUUUCAGCAGGGCGAGUGGCUGAGGUUCGUUGCCGCACAGCCCCGAUGUCUUCGGUGCGCUGGCUCCUACCCAAUGGAACUAUCCUGACUCAUGCCUCUAGUCACCCAAGAAUAUCAGUCCUCAAUGAUGGGACUCUUAAUUUCUCAAAUGUCCUGGCAGUUGACACGGGCACUUAUACCUGCAUGGUGUCAAAUGCAGCUGGGAAUUCUAACGCCUCUGCAUACCUCAAUGUGAGUGCAGCUGAGCUCAACACAUCCAACUUGAGUUACUUCACCACAGUGACAGUUGAGGUCUUGGAGCCAACCACUGAAAUGCCCAAAUCUAAAACCACAACCACAGCUGCUGCAGCAGGAGCUGGGGUAGCUGGAGGAGGAGGGGUUGGCCUUGGGACAACAACUACAACUGCCUCUCCUUCAGUCUUUCAGCCAGUCUUUAUCUCCACACCAACUGUGCUGCUGCAGAGUACUGAAAGCCCACCGGGGGCAGCUAAAACAUCUGUGGCGCCAGGACUACAAGGUGCCACUGGCAAGCCAGGCAAGUCUGGCCCUAGCCUGGAUGAAGUGAUGAAGACCACUAAGAUUAUAAUUGGUUGCUUUGUAGCGGUGACACUGCUGGCUGCUGUCAUGCUCAUCGCCUUCUACAAACUGAGAAAGCGCCACCAGCAGAGGAGCACAGUGGCAGCUGCCCGAACUGUGGAGAUUAUCCAGGUGGAUGAGGAAGACCUUCCUCCGCCAGCAUCUGCAGCUCAAGAGACGGCUCUCACGUUGCCUGAAAUCCGGGACCAUAACAGCAUACACAAACUGGACUUUAUUAGCCACAAGACUGACUAUAGCUUUCACAAACCUAAGGCUGAAUACAAACCCCAGCCUGAUUUCACCCUUCACAAGCCGAAAGCGGAGUAUACCACAUACAAGCCAAAUAUGGACUUCAGUAGCCACAAAUUCAUCCCAGAUUACAGCACUCACAAAUCUACACCAGAUUUUAGCCUUCAUAGACCAAAACCUGACUACAGCCAGUUUAGACAGGACUACAGCACUCACAAGCCUAAAGCAGAAUACAGCCCUUUCAAACCAGACUUUGGCACUCACCCAAAAAAUAAAACAGACUACAGCCCAUUCAAACCAGAUUAUGGCACUCAUCCCAGACAGAAAACUGACCUCAGCCCAUUCAAACGAGAUUACAGCACCCAACCAAAACCUAAACAUGACUACAGCCCAUUACGAUCGGACUACAACUCACAGCAUAAACCUAAGGCGGAGUACAGUCCAUUCAAGCCAGACUUUGGCACUCACCCAAGACCUAAACCUGAAUAUAGCCCAUUUAAACCUGAUUAUAGCACUCAACCCAAACCCAAAAUGGACUACAGUGCCCAGCGAUCUAAAACUGACAAUACCUUCAAACCUAAGGAUCCUUACUCCUCCCAUAAGACUGGAACUGAUUACAGCGCCUUCAAGACUGACUUCAGCCCCCACAAAGCGGAUUACAGCGCCUUUAGUCCACACACUCAGAGACCUGAACUGGAUUAUAGUCCACACAAGAUGGACUAUAGCCCCCAUAAAGUGGACUACAGCACUCUAAAGCCCAAAUAUAACACCUACAAACCAACGGGCCAUGGGGCUAAAUGGACAGACAACAAUGUUGGGAACUCUUUGCCUCGAACCAUGCCCAGCACCAUCACAGCAAUGGCUGAGCCCUUUGUCAUAAAAACUCACACCAAGGAGAAGGUGCAGGAGACUCAGAUUUAAAAAAAGGUCCCCCAAAAGGCUCCCACUCCUUUCCCUAGGUUUCUAGCACCCACCAAUCCCUGUCCCUAGCACCCCUUUGUCAUUUUAUUCAUAAAAUCAUGCAAUAGAAUGCACAACAAAAAAAGGACAGGAACUACUUUUUUGUACAGAGUGCAAACUUAAAAAGACUGAUGAUUUCUUGUUGUACAUGCUUAUAAAUAAAUAUAUAUAUGGACAAAUUGAAACUACCAUGGGCUGGUGAUAGAGAAACAUAUAUUAAAAAGAAAUUGAAACUAUUUUCUAACUUGUAACUUCUAUUUAAAACAAUGAGUUGUUUAAGAUGCUGUCUUGACUUUGACAAAUGAGGGUAGUGUUGUUUUAAAAAGGGGGCAUUCUGUGUGAUUUUUACACCAUGCUACAGAGAAUGCAGUGAUAAGAAAAAAAAUAUUUAUACAGAGAAGACUUUCUUUAACAAAAACCGAAAAAAGGUCAGUGACGAUCUUUACAGGUUUAUCUUGUAAAAGCACCAAGAAUUUGUACUGUGCCAAAUGUUAUAAAUGCAAUAAAAAGGAUUUUUGGAAGAAAAAAAAAAGGAAGUAUAGAGAGAGAUGUUUUUUUUUUCCCCCUUACCUCUUCUUCUGGUGUAUACUGUAACGAUCAGCCAAAUGCUUUAGACACUGCAGUAAGACGCUGCAGCUAUACUUUAACCCUACAAGUGCUGGAUGACUCAGGCAGAAUGAAUCACGGUGCAGAAGUGGAUGGGUUUUUUGUUGGUUCCCUUUUAAUCUCUAAACAGCUUCUAUUUUUAUAUUCUCUAUAUGUAAUAGUAGGACUUGUGCAGGGUUUUUUUACACCACCAGUGAGUGUCAUGGGGCUUCAUCCAGGUGUGGCUGAUGAAAAGUGCGUAUUUAAGUCCUUAAAUGUGUUUUAGGAUAAAGAAAUGUUGUAA